CGGGCUUGCAACGGCCAGGCAAGAUGGCGGCCUUGGAGACGGAGUCCGUGGCGCUGACCCUGGAAUCGCUGCCCACCGACCCCCUGCUGCUUAUCUUGUCUUUCUUGGACUAUCGGGACCUCAUCAAUUGUUGCUAUGUCAGCAGAAGACUUAGCCAGCUAUCAGGUCAUGAUCCACUGUGGAGAAGGCAUUGCAAGAAAUACUGGCUGAUAAAUGAGGAAGAGAAAUCACAGAAGAAUCAGUGCUGGAAAUCUCUCUUUAUAGAUGCUUUCGCUGAUGUUGGAAGAUAUAUUGACCAUUAUGCUGCUAUUAAAAAGGCCUGGGAUGAUCUCAAGAAAUAUUUAGAACCCAGAUGUCCUCGUAUGGUAUUAUCUCUGAAAGAGGGUGCCCGAGAAGAAGACCUAGAUGCUGUGGAAGCUCAGAUUGGUUGCAGGCUUCCUAAUGAUUAUCGAUGCUCCUAUCGUAUCCACAAUGGACAGAAGUUAGUGGUUCCUGGGUUAUUGGGAAGUAUGGCGCUGUCGAAUCACUAUCGUUCAGAGGAUUUGUUAGAUGUUGAUACGGCUGCUGGAGGCUUCCAGCAGAGACAGGGACUAAAGUACUGUCUCCCUUUGACGUUUUGCAUACAUACUGGUUUAAGUCAGUACAUAGCAGUAGAAGCUGCGGAGGGCCGAAACAAAAAUGAAGUUUUCUACCAAUGUCCUGAUCAAAUGGCUCGGAAUCCAGCUGCUAUUGACAUGUUUAUCAUAGGUGCUACUUUUACUGACUGGUUUACUUCUUAUGUCAACAAUGUUGUAUCAGGAGGCUUUCCCAUCAUCAGAGACCAAAUCUUCAGGUAUGUCCACGAUCCAGAGUGUGUAGCAACAACGGGAGAUAUUACUGUUUCAGUCUCCACAUCAUUUCUGCCAGAACUGAGCUCUGUGCAUCCACCACACUAUUUCUUCACCUACAGAAUCAGAAUUGAAAUGUCAAAUGAUGCACUUCCUGAGAAGGCUUGUCAAUUAGAUAGUCGCUAUUGGAGAAUAACAAAUGCUAAAGGUGAUGUAGAAGAAGUUCAAGGACCAGGAGUAGUUGGUGAAUUUCCAAUUAUCAGCCCAGGUCGUGUAUAUGAAUACACAAGUUGUACCACAUUCUCUACCACAUCAGGAUAUAUGGAAGGAUAUUAUACCUUCCAUUUUCUCUACUUUAAAGACAAGGUUUUUAAUGUCGCCAUUCCCCGAUUCCAUAUGGCAUGCCCUACAUUUAGAGUGUCUAUAGCUCGAUUGGAAAUGGGUCCUGAUGACUAUGAAGAAUUGGAAGAGGAAGAAGAGGAGGAGGAGGAAGAUGAUGAUGAUUCUGCUGAUAUGGACGAAUCUGAUGACGAGGAGGAGGAGGAGAGAAGAAGAAGAGUCUUUGAUGUCCCCAUUCGCAGACGUCGCUGCUCUCGCCUUUUUUAGCAAAUUUCUUGCUGUUGGAUGCUCUGUUAAAUAGAUUUCUGAAUAAUGUAAAUAACUAAAUUGUUCUCAGCAUAUAGCAGGAAAACUAGCAUGAAAUAUUGUCUCAGGCCCUGGUUCUAUGCGACACUUUUUAGGAAUUGGGUUCUUUUGGUUUCACUUUGUGUUUUGAGAUGAGGAAUGGGGAUUCUUUCUUUUACUUUUUUUGGAAGUCAAUGGAAAAAUAGUUUCUUGCUAAGGAAUAGACAUUUUUUGGUUUUAAAAUAUUUUAUACUUACAAAAAGUUGGAAAGGGGAGGAAAUUGUUUUGAAUAAGGAUUUAAAAUGUAGUAGCAAUAUCUAUAUAAGGAUAGGGAAGAACUACAUGACUGAUUCUGUACAAAGAUUUCUUGCAGUUGUGUUAUUUAGAAAUGAACAGAAUUUGUAAUUAGGCUAAUCCAUUUAGUGAUUCCGAUAUAUUUUAUACUCAUAGGGGACUUAAUGACUAAAUAACUUGAAUGCUGGUUGUUUGUCCUUUCUUAGACAAUCUAUUCUUGAAUUUAAAUUUUUCAUCACCACAACCUUGAAUUUAAAUUCACUAUGACCUUGAUCUUGAAUUUAGUCUUCAAUUCUCCUGACCUUUGAUUUAAAGUUUUCGCACUAUGACCUUAAAUUUAAAGUGCUUUAAUACUACAAUAUUUAUCAUAUUGUUCUCAGAUGUAUCAUUUUUGAAAUGUAGUGUAUAAAAGUAUACAUUGUAUUAUUUAUUAACAAAAGAUUCUUCAUAAUGUCUCAUGUAGUCAGAGUUUGUAAAUACUGCUUCUGUUAUGUUUCUCCUUUAUACACUUGACUGUCAAACUUUGUGAUAAGUGACAUGAAUUUAUGUUAAGAUUUAGUAUGUUUUCCUGAAAAGUUGAUUUUUCCCCCCCUGUAAUUAUAUAAUUGAGAGUUUGGAAUGAAAUCCAGGUGUCAAAAUUC